GUUCGAACUUAGACAACUUUUUAAAGGAAUAUUUUUCUACGACACUUGACAGUCCUAUAUUAAUUUUAUCGUAAAUCUGUGUUGUAUAUACACUGUCGCGUAGCAGUAGGCAGUUAGUAAUACAACGAUGUGUAAUUUAUAAAAGACAUUUAUUUAUUAUUCGAUACUAGAUUGUCGAUACAAAUUGGUGUGUGAAAAAUGGACUCGCAGGAGGGAACUCAGUGCCACAUCCUGGCCGUCGUAAUUCGGGUGUGUGUGGUUAGCGCGUUAACGUACUACACUGCCAAAUGGAUGAUCAAUGUGCUGGAUCCCAAUAAUAAGAUUCGGGGUAAGGCGAAAUAUGUGGCGGAAGAGCAGCUGCGCAAGCUGAACUCCUCGGCGAUUGGCGCGGCAAAGAAGUUUCGAGCCCGUGACUUUAAUGAGCACGAGAUGAUGAUCGCUUCGCAUCUGGUGACUCCUGAGGACAUCGAUAUAAGUUGGUCGGAUAUAGCUGGACUGGAUGGGACUAUCCAGGAGCUCAGGGAGACGGUGGUUCUCCCAGUGCGUCAUCGUAAACUCUUUAGCCGAUCGAAACUGUGGCGAGCGCCCAAGGGAGUCCUGCUGCAUGGGCCUCCUGGUUGUGGCAAGACCCUGAUCGCCAAGGCCAUUGCCAAGGAUGCUGGGAUGCGAUUCAUAAAUCUGGACGUGGGUGUGCUAACGGACAAGUGGUACGGCGAAAGCCAGAAGCUGGCCACGGCCGUUUUCACGUUGGCCAAAAAACUUCAGCCCUGCAUCAUCUUCAUAGACGAAAUCGAAUCUUUUCUCAGGAUGCGGGGUAGCAACGAUCAUGAGGCCACCGCCAUGAUAAAGACUCAGUUUAUGUUGCAGUGGGAUGGGUUAAUGAGCAAUACCAACAUUUGUGUCCUUGUUUUGGGGGCCACAAACCGGCCGCAAGACCUCGAUAAAGCCAUCCUACGCCGUAUGCCCGCACAAUUUCACAUUGGAGUGCCGCGAGACUGCCAGCGACUGGAAAUCCUUCAGUUGAUCCUCCAGACAGAGCAACUGUGUCCUUCGGUUAAUCUGAAGGAACUGGCCCGCUUGACGACUGGGUUUUCAGGAUCCGAUUUACGGGAAUUGUGUCGCCACGCAUCCUUGUACCGUAUGCGCCAGUUUAUGCGAGAAAAGCUCAACACCGGCGAGAAAAUUGGAAAGGGCAAGAUUGAAUGGGACUUCGAGGUAAAGGAUCAUGCUUUGCAGGAGUGGGAGCACUUGGAAAUCCAAAUGGACGACCUUCUCAAGUCGCUGUCCGUCAUGAAGGCGUCCAAACAUCAGGCGCAGGGCACUUUUGUCGAAAAGGAUCUGGAGUUGGACUGAGGACUACGUAUUGGUUUUCUCUUGUCGUAUCUGGAAGAUUUCUUUGUAUAAGCCAAAUUUUAUAUCAAUUAAUAUUUUAAUCUCUGAAGCGUCAAGCCUCCUUCAAAAAAGUGUACUUGUCUUGCUCCCAGCGACUUGGUAUGUUCAAUAACAAAUUCCAUUUCACAGCCAAGCUCAUUUUUUUCAGUGCUUCGCCAUUAUCUUCCGGCUAGUUCUAUUUUACGAGACUACCCUCUUUAUACCUCCUGCCCAGUUACCAACACCCCAAACUGUCAGCCCGACCAAUAUUUUUCACAUUUCAUGGCAUGCAUGAAGAGUUUUUGCAGCCAUGAAGAGCGGCGAGAUAUCUGAAAAAAGGUCUGCAACCAGGAACGGCUGCGAAAGAACAGCACCAGCACAGUGGCAACAAAAACUCAAAAUAACAACAGCUACGACAGCAACAACAAAAAAUCUUUUAUGUAAAAUUGAAUAUUCAUAAGUUGAUUCACAGAAGCGGCAGAAGCCUAACUACGGACCUCAGCCUCCGCCUCGUUUGCUUCAGAAUUACUC